AAUUAUUUUACUUCCAAUAGAUGUUCACAGAAAGCUAUACAUUAGGCUUGGCCGACCAGAGAACGUUACUGAUUGGUGACCUUGAGCCUUGGAUGACAGAAAGAUAUCUAGGAAACAUAUUUGCCAAGAUUUCUAAAGUUGUUAAUAUCAAGAUUGCAAAGGAUAGAAUAUCAAAUGCUCCAGCAGGCUACGGAUAUAUUGAGUUUCUCAACCACGAGCAUGCAAGAUCAGUAUACGAGAGAUUCCAAGAUACUCCUUUACCAGGCAUUUCUAAAAAAUUCAAAUUUACAUGGACAAGCAUGGCAAAUACUCAUGAAUUGGGAGACCCGAUAGCUCCUGCUUAUCACAAGUACACAUACACUAGCUCUGCAGCAAAUGUUGCAUUAAACGAAGAAAAUGAUGAAGUAGACCUAAUCAACGCUGCAAUGAAGCUUAACCAGAAUAUGGCAGGUGGAGCCUCUGACGAAUCUCUCUCAUCCAAAUUUUACUACCACAUUCCUGAUCCAACAAUCACAUACACCACCCACGACUUGAAGAACUACGGAAAGGACAGCUACCAAGAUCCUAAUGCUUACCAACACUCUGAGGCUUACCCCUACCACCAACCUCCCUCAUAUGGCUCUUAUGCACCCCAAAAUACCUCCGGACAGUACGACUACGGCUACGGGUACCCCCAGCAGCCUUGCCACCAAGGACAGUACCCUGGGUACCCAGGCUAUCAAGGCUACGAUUACUCAAGCUAUUACGCCCAGUACCAGCAACCCCAGCCUGAACCUCCAAAGGUCGAACCUGAUAUUUCAAUUAAGUUUUAUGAAGACAUCAACGCAGAGGAAAUAACCGGAACUCCGAUGGAUGACGAUGUAAUAAAAGACAAGAAUGAGCUUGAAUUCUUGACUUCUAAUAAAGAAACAUUGUUCCUUUUCUAG